AUGAGACUCCCUACGAUCUACGCCCACCGCAACGGAGGGCUCACUGUCACCGACGCCCUCGACACGAUCGAGCAGAUCUACAAAGAAUCCAAGGUCAUCAUCUUCGGCUGCCUAGCGUCGUGGACGAUCUACCAUCUCCGUCUCGGCGUCGUCGGCCUCAUCCUCCUGCUGGCCGUCUGUCGAACGUACUACGAGCUGUCCCUGCGCCGGGUGGAGCGCGCCAUCCGCGACGAAACUCGCCGGUACCACGCGAAACACAUCCUCCACCGCGGCGAGAGCGUCGAAUGGAUGAACCGCAUCCUCGUCCGGCUCUGGCACCUCUACCAGGAGCGAAUCUGCGAUCAUAUCGUGCAGUACGUCAACCGCGGGCUGGCCGGACGCUCCGACGCCCCAGGCGCGGAGGGCGAAUCCCCAGCCCAAAAGGUCGUGAUCCAGUCCCUCGCGCUCGUCGAGCAGCCCAUCCGCAUCCUCCACAUCCGCACCUACACCCGGCCGGAGUCGGGCAACUUUGUGAUCGAGGGGACCUUCCGCGUGGACCUGGCGCCGCCGCCAGACCACCACCGCCGGCACCUGCGCACACGCGAGCCGCUCGUUGACCUGGUCAUCCUCCACGACAAACAGCAGGACCGGCGGCAGAAUGAUCUCGCGGUGCAGGUGCGGCAGUUCACGGGGACGGGCCUGGUGCGUCUGGAGAUCGAUUUCCAGGGCGACGAGCCGCACAUCCUCCAGCCGCAGAUCGAGCUGCAGGGCCAGCCUCAGAUCGACUGGCAAAGAGUGGUUCUGUGGAUCCGCAUAGUGUAG